GGCUGAGGCCCCAUCACGUGUUCCCCCUCCGAGUUUCCCCGACAGCUGAGCAGCGGCGGCGGCAGCAGCAGCUAAAUGCUUCUGUUCACCUGCAUCAUCGCAGCGUUUCCACUCGGAACUGUCACAACUUCCACAACAUGGGCGACAAGAAGAGUCCCACCAGGCCGAAGCGGCAGUCCAAGCCCUCCGCAGACGACGCGUACUGGGACUGUAGCGUGUGCACGUUCAGGAACAGCGCGGAGGCGUUCAAGUGCAUGAUGUGUGAUGUCAGGAAGGGCACGUCAACACGAAAACCACGACCGGUUUCUCAGCUGGUUGCACAGCAAGCAAAUCAACAGUUUGCACCACCCACACAGCCAAAAAAGGACAAGAAAGAGAAAUCAGAGAAAGACAAGAGCGAACCAACUCUGAAAAAGAAAAGCCAUAAAAAGACGAGGCCAAGGUUGAAAAACAUAGACAGGAGCAGCGCCCAGCAUUUAGAGGUCACAGUUGGAGAUUUGACUGUAAUAAUCACAGACUUUAAGGAGAAAGCCAAACCCACUUCUAUAGGUGCUGCAGACCAACACAGUCAAAGUGGCUCAAGCUCUGAUAACACUGAACAAGGUGUCUCCAGAUGCUCCUCACCCCGUGGAGAAAGCUCGUCGGUCAACGGAGAGACUCACUAACCUUCACACUCCAAGUCAGCACAAGUGAUUCUUCUGCACUCUCAACAGCCUCAACCAGAGAUUAAACACCAUGCACAUCUUUUUUUUUUAAUACUAUAAAAGCCAGUACGAUAGCAUUUACUUCCAUCUGGGGUUGUACUUUUCACUGCCUUCCCAUAAUGAUAAAGAAUUCAGGAAUUUAGAACUGUAACAGAAAAGCUGAUCAUGAUGAACAGAAAGAAGUAAUGGAUGUUGGUGGAGCUGUACCACAUGAUGUAAUUUAACACCUCAGAGUUAUGUUAGCAUCACACUCGGGCCUUGUUCAUCUGUUACAGCUCAAUGACAGGUGUGAAUGCAGUCAGACCACAUUCAUUUAGCAGUGUGAACGUAAAUGUCUCCUGAGCCACAAUGACGGACUGCCUACUCAGCUUAAGUCCUCUGACCUGCUACAGUUUCACAAAGAAUCACAUUUCUUUUGCACUUUUCAACAUGUAUAUACACAAAAACUCCUCAAAAUGCCCAGAAAAUUGGGUCCAGAUAUUUUCCAGGGUUUGCCUUUCGCAUAUGAAGAAUGCAGCAGGAGAUUAUCUGGGGCAAAUGCGUUCACAGCAGGGGCAUUUCAGGGAACAUUCAGGUGGGAGUGACUCCUGGGUGGAGCAUGAAGGAAAUAUAAAUAACGUAUAAAUUCUGCUGCAAAAGCUCAGUUAUCUUGUUUAUAGCACAUCGACACCAGCGUUGGCCUUUACAACCAAAAGCUCUCAAAUCUCAUUGCCUUUCCAAGUUGACAUCUGUGUCCGCGUCUUCCUAGGCUCAUCUUUUUCAUCCUCAGGUUUUAGUCCAGUUUUGUUCUUUUGCGUCUUAGAAACGUCAACGACAUGCCCAGUCGCCCGCUGUGAACUUUUACAGACAUGUUCCUGUUGUAGUAUCACAUGGGCUCACUCUGGGGGCUGGAAAAGGGCAGGAAAAGUUCAAGAAAAUUACUAGAGCAACUAACUUGGUCAUUUAUGUUCUCGCAGCCCCUUUGGAAAAUUUCAGGAAAAUAUCUGGACUUCAGGGCAUGUCUGAAAGCAGACUCUCACGAACAUGUGAACAACAGACAGAUCUGUUUAAUCAGAGUGGGUGGAAACAACAUGAUUUGAUCUUUGCAAACAGAAAUGACAUAUGUUUGUAUUUGCAUAUAGAGCAGGGAAGUGAGAUCUUAUCGCGAGUGGUCUCUGGAGACAUUCUAAUGUCAGGUAUGAACUUCCGUCCUCAGAGCCAUCCACUUGUGAUCAGAUCUCUGAGACGCAUGUUAACUCCAGAUCGGAACAGGGCCUUGGUUGGUCGUUGCAGAUGAGAAUAAGUGAUGCAUUGUGAAAGAAAAUGUGAAGAAGUCCUCUGAGAAUUGUAGCUUAUCCUUGAAUUUUGUUAUUAAUUGCACUUAAUGGCAUCCUGUGUUCAUGAUCACACGUCUUAGCAUUAUUUCCACUUUGUCAUUAACAGUCAUUCAUAACACUGUUGGUUACUGGCCUUAUCCAGCUCUCAUUUUAUGCCAUUGGAUGCAAUAAUUGUUUCACUGUCCAACAUUUGAGUAAAGAUAUUGAGCAGUUAUUCUAAGUAUGCUUCUCUUUCACUUUGUAGAGCUGAGCAUGAUGUAAUCUAUAGAAUGGUUUAUAUUGUACAAUAAUGUUGAAUAAAAUUAACUG